AACGUCUCUCUUGGUCCUCGACAAGUCUGGUUGAUGCGCACAGGAGCACACACCGUACGAGAGCUAAAGUGUCUCGGUUGCGAAGCAUAUGUCGGUUUCCAGAUAGUGCACGCUCACGAGCCUUCGGAACGAUGGAAAAACGGCGCAUAUAUCCUUGAACGGGAGUUCCUC